UGCUUCCCUCUUUUAUAUAAGGUUUCACUUCGCUUUUUCUCUCUUUCUUUCUCAAGAGUCUAUAGAGAGACUUAAACGAAUCCAUUUAGAAAGAGAAGAGCGAGAGAAAUGAGAAGGAGAGGGUUUUGUUAUCCUACAGGAGAUGAUCACAUAGAUAAUAGGUCAGUUAAGAGAAGAAACGGAGGAUAUUUCACCACCUCCACUGCCGCCGGAGAACAAAUGCUUUCCCGUAAAAGGCAGAAGUUAUCACAUGAGAUUGCCGGGGAGACUGACUUGUUUGAUUCUUUGCCCGAUGAUCUUAUCUUGUCUAUUCUCUGCAAGCUUAGCUCUUCGGCCUCUUGUCCUUCGGAUUUCAGUAACGUUUUGAUAACAUGCAAGAGAUUAAAUGGGUUAGGCCUUCAUUCUCUUGUACUAUCUAAAGCUUCUCAGAAAACGUUCGCUAUUAAGGCCAAAAACUGGUCGGAUUCCGCUCACCGAUUUUUGAAACUCUGUACCGAUGCCGGAAAUGUUGAAGCUUGUUACACCCUUGGCAUGAUUCGGUUUUACUGUUUACAAAACCGAGGGAGCGGAGCUUCUUUAAUGGCCAAGGCGGCGAUUAGUUCCCACGCUCCGGCACUAUAUUCUCUAGCGGUUAUACAGUUCAAUGGCAGCGGCGGCUCCAAAAACGAUAAGGACCUGCGCGCAGGAGUGGCGCUGUGCGCGAGAGCGGCUUUUCUUGGCCAUAUCGAUGCCCUUCGUGAACUUGGUCACUGCCUCCAGGACGGUUACGGCGUCCGGCAAAACGUCCCCGAGGGACGCCGAUUCCUCGUCCAAGCUAACGCUCGGGAGUUAGCCGCUGUGCUAAUUAACCCCAAAUCUGGUCUAAAUACGCGCGCAUUUCUUAAUUGGAAUCCACCGGCUCAUCCGAACCAUCGGCAUGCGAAUGGUCCCGGAUGUCCCUUGUUGAGCGAUUUCGGGUGUAAUGUUCCGGCUCCAGAAGCACACCCAGCUAGCCAGUUCAUGGUCGAGUGGUUCGCGUCUCGGGGCGGUACACCGGGUUCGGGGCUCCGUUUAUGUUCUCACGUCGGCUGCGGAAGACCAGAGACUAGAAAACACGAGUUUCGUAGAUGUUCCGUUUGUGGGGGUGUGAAUUACUGCUCACGCGCGUGCCAAGCGCUUGAUUGGAAGAUGAGGCAUAAGGAGGAGUGCAGUCCCGUGGAGCGGUGGGUCGACGAGGACGGUGAGGGAAACCAAAACGCCGUCGCCGACAGCUAGUUGAAUAAUGUAAACGACGGAGACUGACGGUAACGGCGGACGAUAUUUUUUUGAGAAUUAUCGGCUGGAAAAUGGGAAAUGUUGAAGACGGAAGUUACCUUUUUCACUGUGGCUCGAACAGCGGAAGUUUUGUUCCUCUUAGUACCAUAUCGGAGAAAUCGAGGGCACUUUUUUGUUUUUCCCCUUUUAACUUAAAUUGUAGAAAAUGGAGUAGGGAGGGGCUUAGGCCGUAGGGCAUGUGUCCUUAACCGGCUGCAUGAACGUGCAGGUGACUCGGGGUAGUGGCCGAGUGGCAAGGGUGCGUUUUUUAUAAUUUUAUUUUAUGCGUUUCUGUAAAAUAGUCAACUUAAAAUGGGUAAGUUUAGAAAAACAAAAAGAGGCAAAUUCCUUUAA